GAUGCAAAUCACAAAACGCGGAUCGGUGGACCGAAGCAGUACGGGUUCCAGUCGGCUGUGGUGUGUUGCUGCUAUUUUCGUUCCUACAGUUUCCGUUUCCCAUUCCCUUGUCCGAGCAACACAUCAGCUAUUGCGGUCGUUGUUGUUGUUUGUAGCGCUAAUAUGCGGACGUACGGUCCAUGGAAACAACGGGUUUGUUAGCAUGGAGAUCCACACAAUUAGCGAUGACUUGUGCCACCCUGCUGCCAGCUGUCUGGAAGAUGUCUGCUGAAGCUUAAGUUCGUUCGCUGCGUGCCGUGAAAAAGGUCCAGGCCAAAGAUCGAUAGCGGCGAGUUUGGUAGAAGUUAGCGUCCAGCUUUGGCUUUGUCCUUGUCAUCAUUUGCUUUGUUGUGUAUUCGAUCGAACAGAAACGCGUCGAAAGUGUAGCAACAGCAGCGAAACUACUACGACGGCCCUGCAUCAGUUAAGCAAAAUUGUGUUUGAACCGAGAAAUAUCGCGUAAUCGCAAAUGUAUGUGGUGUGGUUAUGAGAGUAAAACAUCUUUCCUUAAACAGCAGCACUCCGAUGUGAAGUAAAAGGAAGAGCGUAAAAUAAAGCGCCACAGAGUGUGAAGUGUUUUGCUGUCCGACACAGUCAGACGGGACGGGACGGGCGCAGCUUCUAUUGGGCCAAGCACGACUGUUGCCCGAAAUAUGCAGUGUGAUCAAUUAUUCGUCGUAGUAGGCGUUCGCAAUACUGAAUGAAAUGCUUUGUGCCGGCGCCCUACACCCUUCAAAGUGAAGCGUACCAUCAUCAUUCGUGCAAAAUAUAAAAUAUUGCCUUGGAGCUAGUGAGAAGGAUUCGCCAAUUCCGAGUCGAGUUAACCCAGUCGGUCGAGUAUGACGGUUUGGUGGUCAAUUAUCUAAAUCCUUGACUGGAAAGGAUUAAGUCACAACCAACGGAAUACGAGAAAAAUCGAAGGUCGCCAAAGGUUUGCUUGGAUGGUGCAGCGAACGCAACGAUAGGAAGCUUGGAAACUCACAAACACACACUCACAUUGCUGCGUUGCGGCGAUCACCAUCAUCAUCAUCAUCGGCGGCAGUAGCAGCAUCAUCACAGGCAGUGGAACGUUGAAGGAAAACUCCUUCAAGCUGUUCUUCCUUCCAUCCAAAACCGUAUCUUCUACGGCGCCGGCAGCCCGAAAACUUGUCCUUUUUUUUGCGCCCGGUGCAGAUUUUGCGCUCUUGGUCAUAUUUUACCUGGUACCCUGGUUUUACACCUGUCCAGUCGGUGGGCUGGUUUCGAUGCGAAAUUUUGUUUUUUUUUUUUUGGUUUCGGGCAAAGCACAUCUCUCGAGAUGUUGUUACUGGUGGGCUUUGCUAGUGAAGAACUUUCGUAGAGUUCGGCCAACUUGGAUUCAGUUAAAGUCAUGCCCAUCUAGCUCACAUAGUGAUUGGCUGAUAGUUUGAUGGUUUAGAGCUACAAAUGUACGGUACUGUUUUAUCCAUUGACCCGAAGUGUGCAACGCCGACAGCAGGAAAUUCUCGAAGCUGCAAAUGGUAUUUGCGCGAUCAGUUGGUUUGCAUUAACGUAGGGAAAGAUAUCGCACAAUGUAAUGUAUCUUCCUUUAAAAUGUCCGAUCCCGAUACGGUUUGGUUGGAGGAACUGCUGAAGGAUGUCCAGCUGGAGCAGUUUUUGCCACGUAUACGGGACGAACUGCAGGUGACCCGGUUAGCCCAUUUCGACUACGUUCACGUCGAUGAUCUGGAGAAAAUAGGGCUUGGGAAGCCGGGAAUUCGGCGUCUACUCGAAGCGGUGAAAAAACGCAAAGCACAACAGUGGCGCCGCAACAUCCUGUCGAAGCUGAUCGGUGGCGGUAAACAGCAGCCACCGAAGAAGGCCGGCACAGCAUCGGGCCAGAAUGAAGAACCAUCAGCACUAGCCCUCACCUGCCUGAUCCACGAGAAGGACGUUACGCUGUCGGUGAAGCUGGGCGACGGUUCGUUCGGUGUGGUGCGACGCGGUGAGUGGCAUGCACCCGGCAACCAUCUGGUGCCGGUCGCUGUCAAGGUGCUGAAAGCGGACACACUCGCACAGCCCGGCGUGAUCGAAGAUUUCUUCAAAGAGGUGCAGGCGAUGCACGCGAUGAACCACCCGAACCUGAUCCGACUGCACGGCGUCGUACUGUCACAGCCGAUGAUGAUGGUGACCGAGCUGGCGGUGAACGGUUCGCUGCUAGACUUGCUACGCAAACAGUGCAAACACACACCGCUGCCCAUGAUCUGGAGCUGGUCGGUACAGAUUGCGACCGGGAUGGCGUACCUGGAAAGCAAGCGGUUCCUGCACCGCGAUCUGGCCUGCCGUAACGUGCUGCUUGCCGCCGGCAAUAAGAUUAAGAUCGGUGACUUUGGAUUGAUGCGUGCGCUGCCCCAGCAGGAAGAUUGCUACGUGAUGACCGAGCAUAAGAAGGUACCGUUUCCUUGGUGCGCACCGGAAUCGCUCCGGUACCGCCAGUUUAGUCACGCCUCCGACACGUGGAUGUUCGCGGUGACGCUGUGGGAGAUGUUUACCUUCGGGGAGGAUCCAUGGGUGGGGUUGAACGGGUCACAGAUCUUGCGCAAAAUUGACCGAGAGGGUGAGCGGUUGCAUCAUCCCGAUGCCUGUCCGCCGGAUGUUUACCAGCUGAUGUUGCAAUGUUGGGACAAGACCCCUUCGGAGCGGCCUACCUUCGCUGCAAUAAAGGAGUUUCUUACGGGCGUGCCACCACCGAUCUAUCGCGCUGUAACGAAUUUUAGUGCGGAAACCCGUCUUGCUGUGCAGCAAGGCGAUACGAUUGUGAUUAUCGAUGAUCGGCCGGAGUUGCAGUUCAUCAAGGGCCAGAAUCAAAGGACGUUUGACAUUGGCACGAUUCCGAGGGGUGUUGUCGUCGAUGCGCGCAAAGCUUCUUCAAGUUCGUCCGGUGGUUCUAGUUCCACGAUUAGCCGUCCGCUCCAUGACUCAUUUCGGCACACGGGGCACGGUUCACCGUUCGGUGCGUCCUGGGGUAAUCCCGCUAGUCUCGAGCUGGAAGGAGAAGUGAAACUGCGAAAUAAAACGAAAGAUGCGGGAAAUGCGGAUCGGCGCGGGAAGUGCGUAUCGGAGCAAUAUGUGAAGGAACGAAAAAGCAACGCUUCCAAACAAUUUUCCUACAACAAGCUGGUGAACGAGAAUCACUCCAAGCAUCAGCAUUCACCGCACACUCAUCAGCUAGUGAAAGACGCUCAAAACCGUCCGCUUCGACCGCCGCAACCACAGCAGACAGCCGCCACGGAAGGCAUACUGAUCGAUCUUUCCUCGCCGAACGAUGAAGCAACGUUUGGUGGUGGUGCGGCUGCUGGGGCCGUGUCUGGUACCGGUGGUUCUUUUCGACAAGUGACCAGCAUUCUCGACGAGCCGAUCGACAUUCCGACCGAGGGUGAUGAUCAUUUUGGGCAACAGCAGCAGCAGCAGCAGCAGCAGCAACAGUCGCACGACCUGCAACUUCAAGUGGCUGCCGUGAUGAAUUACUCUUCCAUUUCACCUGUCCCGUCCGUCGUACCGAAACUCGUACCGCCACCCUAUCAAAUGCCGCCGAAAUACAGUAACACGUACGGAAUCGUGCAUGAUAGCACGUUGAAUCUCAGCAUUGCCACGGAACCGGAUCCCUUCGCUCCACAGCAGCAGCAGCAGCAGCAGCAGCAGCAGCAGCAGCAGCAACAGCAACUGCCGACACAAGAACCGCUAGUAACAUCCGACUACGAGAGUGGUCGGUCUAGUUCGGUCAGCUCGCGAGAUUUGAUGGCAAGCAUAAAGCGACAGCAAACGAUUGAGCAAGCCGGACCGCCGCCGAUGGCAGUGUAUGGGAACGUGCGCGGAUCCGUUUCGAACAUCAACUCAAACUACGGUCGUGUGGGAACCGAUUUGGAAGGGCUUACGGCCGAUAUGCUGUCCUCACUGAACAACGGUGCAAGCGGAAGCGGACUUAGUUCGCCCGGCAGCAGGGACGUUUACAACGAUUCGCUGGAAGUGAACAUCAGUAGCAGUAGCAUUGGACCCGUUGCUAAUGGAUCCAUCUCUCCGUACGGUGGAUCUACCGCUCAACUAAACGUUAUGCCCAAAACGGUCAGUAAAGCGUUUCUAGCCGAGCUAGAAAAGGAUAUCUACAAACAGGCACCGAUGGCAGGCAAUAGCAUGAACAGCUCGGUUGCGUAUGCAGCACGCAACAACGCGAAAGAUACGUCCAAGUACGAUACGACUGCUAAUUUGGCGAUGAGCCAAAUCUACGCCAAUCAAGCGAACUCAAUCGCCCUGGCGGCGUCCCUCCAGCAACAGCUCACACUCUCUCCAAAGAAACAGAACCUCACCAUGCACCAGCAACAACCGUCUUCCUCCGAUACGAACACACUGGUGCAGCAGCUGUGGGCCGAACGUAACAAUGUGGCCACCGUACCGUCGUCGGCGGGAGCGGCCGAAACCAUGGGUCAACAGCACCAACCGCCGGCUCCACACAUUUCGCCACAAAAGACACACAAUUUCGUUGCUCUCUCGAACGGCGGUAUCACGCCGCUACACUACGGCUCGACGGUGAGUCUUUCCGGUCCGAAUAUCUACAAUUCCGUGUACAACGGAAGCAUCGCGUCGGACGUGUAUCAGACGGUCGGAGGCGAUCUGUACGAUGUGGUGGCACCUACACCCGCAUCGCUCUACGAACGUGUACCGUCACAACAGGUGUACAACAAUGUUGGGAAUCAGGCGCCGAUGACGGCCGGCGCUAUCUACGACGAGGUAUCCAACGAACUGAGCGAUUUGCGACCUAUCCGGCCGGCUCCAUCGGCACCACUAUCUGCGCAACAGAUACAGCGACGAUUGGAUCGGCUGGCACAGCAAGAUCAACAGGUGGCCAACCUGAUGCAGGAACUGGGCGACGAGGCAAACGAGGAAGAAGCGAGAAACUCGCUAACGGCCGUCAACUGGGACCACACGUUAGCGGUGCGGCACUUUAAAAUUGAACGACUCUGUCGGCUUGGUCUUGCAAAUCGUACCCGCUGUGAGGAGGCACUCCAGAAAACGGGUUGGAGCAUUCAGCUUGCGGCCUCCAUUUUGCUCGAAACCUAGUCGGGUGUGGGACAGAGUGGCUAAAUUAAGAGUGCUUUUUAACGCAGUUUUGCUUAAGGGAUGCCCCAGAGCUUUGCUGGUAAAAACACUAAUUUACUCAUCGAGUACCGUAUUGCGUCCUUUUAUGGGGAGGAUUUAACAAAAAAGCAAGUCAAUUUCGUCGUCAAAUCUCUCGAAUACUGCAGUGAAUUAUAGAGCGAAAUCUCCUGGAUGUACGAAGCCGAGACUGUCGAUAGCGGGGGGGUUUGUAACAAGUAUUAAUAUGAAUGUUUUCAAUCCACGACAUAGGCAAAGGCAUAGGCGGUCGUUAUUGUUUCGCCCUUGUGCUGCUGUAAAUAUGAUAUGUGUUAGAUGUAUUUAAGAAACCUGUUAGAUUCUGUUAGCGAAAUAGCCCGCGAAGUUUAUGUCGUACAACAUGCAAACGAAGCAAAUCAUUCAGUUACUGUGCUCCGAAAGAUUUAUUUGAGCUAGAAGAGAGAUGAAUCGAAAGGGCCAAACAACAGCAACGCAGAUUCUCGUUCAGGCCCAGCAAAUGUUGGUUUGUUAGUAUAGCAUAUUAUUUACUUCCGUAAGCUGUAACAGCUUUUCGUUUUUGCUGUGCAGCCCCUAGAAUUUGAUAGGCAAAAAUCUGUGUAAAUCUGUAUGAAAAUCUCACCCUCUUUUAAGCUGUAACUGGGCCUAAGUCGAACUACUGUUUUUUGGCAAAACCCAGAUAAAAAGUAGCCUCUCCGUAACUGGCUAUUAGCAAUGCAAAUAUACUUAUAUUUUGAACAAUCGUUAUCAAAAGUGGAA